AUGGCAUCAAAGGUAUUCCUCCUCUUAUAUACGGUCUUCACCACCAUCGCCGGAAAGCACGGGUUCGGACAGCCCAUUACUAGCCUGUCCAUGGAUGAAGCCGUCCAAGCCGUGUACAUGGAAAUGGUCGGUCAGACGUUCGCCGUUCUGGGGAUGGCCAUUGCGAAGCUUUCAUUGGGUAUAUUUCUUUUGCGGAUCGUGGUAAAAGCAUGGCAUCGAAGAUCGAUUUGGAUCUCAAUGGUCAGUCUAUCAGUUGUCUCUGUGAUGACGGCGAUUAUCUUCUGGACCCAGCGCCUUCCCUCCAAGGCAAUCUACGAUCCUCGUGUACCUGGUCGAACUAUUGUCAGCGUUACCCCGUUCUCAGUACUACUCGGCUCAUGGUGUGCAGCGGUCGACUUUUACUUUGCCAUUCUCCCGUGGAUAUUCAUUUGGGAGCUCAACAUGCGGUUCAAAGAGAAGAUGACGAUCGCUAUCAGUCUGAGCCUAGGAUUCAUUGCCGGUAUCUGUGGGGUCAUUCGUACUAUAGAGCUCGGCGGAUUGUCAAGUGCUAAUUACACAGAGGACACGGUGCCUCUCAUUAUCUGGUCCGCCGUCGAGCUUGCCGUGACGCUUAUCUGCGUCGGCAUUCCCACGAUCCGUCCUCUUUACCGGUACAUUGUCCACGGAUCCAGUGUCAAGGAGUCGCAUGAAGUCUACAAACGGCAAGAUGAAAGUGGGAGUGGCAGUGGAAGCCGCGGCAAACCGACUUUUGCGAUGCCCAUGAGGAACUUCGCUCGGGCGGGCCGAAAGGACGAAUUACUGACCACUACAACGACCACCGUCGACAUUCCAGACGCCAACGACAACAGACCGGAUGGGAAUAGUCGGUCUUACGUGACGGGUGCCGGGCAGAAUGACGAAGAAGCACUCGUGGCUACUAUCGAGGAAGAAAAUUCUCGGUACAGGGAUCACAUAUGCGUGCGGCAGGAAGUGCAUCCAUUUCCGUUCAGAUCAGCCGUCGGAUCCGAGGAGCGACGACAUCAAUGCGUGUUAUUAGUCAAAUUUUGGAGGGGUUGCGUGCCCACUGCAGGCAGAUGUAGCCGUGGCACCACAACACCGGCCAGCCCUGGAUUGGGUGGUGGAACCAAGAUAUGA